UGAAGUUGGUAUUUAUGUAUCACUUUUUCGACCAUGAUUAAUUUUUGAGUCGAUUUGUUCUUAUAUUUUUAUGAUACUUUCAUUUAACUUUAAAACAUUAUGUGUAAUGAUUUAUGAGACAGAUAGGGGCGGCGCGACGAUCAUUUAGCGCAGCCCUGCCUAGUACGCCGUAGUAAUGUUAAUGGAAUGAAGAAAUGUUGUGAAUAUUAAAUUAUAGCUAAGUUUAAACACAAUUAUUGUAAACGAUUGUGGAAGUAACUAAUUUCAUUUUAAAUCAUGAAACAAAAGAAUGAAUAGUGUCAUUUAUUAAAAUUAAUAAAACAUUUUGAUCGCUGUCUAUUGUACUGUUUUGAUGUCAUAACACAACAAAAAUGGAUGAUUCCUAUAUUAUCGCGAAUUUCCAUGCAUUGUGUCGCUUGUGUUUACGUAAGAGUGGUCUUACUGUUUCAAUUUUUUGUAAUAUUCCGGAUGAUGAAGAAAAUGGAUCACUAACCUCAAAAAUCGCUGAAUGCUUUGAAUUACAGAUGGACCCGAAUGAUGGCCUCCCUAAUAGGAUUUGCUAUAAGUGCUUAUUUAAAGUAAAUAAAUGCUCCAAAUUUAGAUCAUUAUGCAUUCAAAGUGAAGCUAGAUUACGACAAAUCACCAAUCGCGUCAAUGAACUGGAUAAUUCUAAUUCUUCAGAAUUUAAUUACAAUAAUAUUGAGCAGAAACCUAAAACAGACAACUACAUUGUAGAAGAUAGUGUUGUGAUGGUAGUUGAUCCAAGCCUUGACUAUGAUUCAUCUGAAGAUUCUGAAAAUGUUGAACAGGCUGAAGUUGAAAAUACAGAACAAGAUAAUAUUCCAGAUACAGAACCAGUAUCAGAAUCGUACUUAAAAAAUGUAUUUAUGUGUCAGUAUUGUGAUCAAGCAUUUAUAUCUCAUGAAAAGUGUAAAGAGCAUGAACAAAAUGUUCAUGAUCCCAAUUUACCAUACAAAUGUGUGGAAUGUAGUAUAGUAUUUGCAGAACGCAAUUUAUUCAUUGGUCAUACUAAAGCUGUACAUGGUAAUGAUAAGCCAUACCAAUGUCCAGAAUGUGAUAAAUGCUUUGGUCGCCGAUCAGAUUUAAGAAAACAUUCUAUAGUUCAUACAGGUAUAAGACCUUAUCAGUGUCAUUUUUGUUUAAAAAGCUUUUCUCGUAAUACCAAUUUAAGUAAACAUUUAAGAAUACAUGCUGGGCACAAGCCACAUGUGUGCCCAAUGUGUCCUCGCAGUUUUGUUGCUAAAGGUGACCUCCAAAGACAUGUUUUAAUACACUCUGGAAUGAAACCAUAUGUAUGUCGUAAAUGCCCAUUAUCAUUUGGUAGAAAAGAUAAAUUGUUAAAACAUGAGUUAAAACAUGGACUAACUUCACCUAAUAAAGAUUUUGAGCAUGAUCAAGAAACACAUGAUAUGGUUGUUAAUGUCAAUCCUUUUAGCAGUUUGAUGUCCCCACCGACUGACAAUAUGAACUCAAAUGAAUAUGAUCUCCCAAGAGUACCUGAUCACAUUUCUGGCGAAGGUAGUUUCAUAAAUCAUUUACAUAAAGCACCAGCCACCUCCAGUAAGCUUAACUCACCUCCAAAACAAAAAUCUCCACUCAUAAAUAAAAACAAACCAAAAAAUAUUAAAUGUCAUCAAUGUCCAAAAAGAUUUUCCUCACUGGAUGCAUACAAGACACAUGUAUCAAUUGCACACAUGGGAUCCAGGGUGUUCCAGUGCAAAGUAUGUUUCAAGAAAUUUCCUCGGAAAAGGGAACUGGAUCGUCAUGCCACUAUUCACACUGCAGUUAAGUCAUUUGACUGUAGUCAGUGUGAUAAGAAAUUCAUGAGAAAAGACAAACUAGAUAAACAUGAACAAAGUCAUGAAUGUCUUGUGGUAAAUAUGCCAUGCAUUGAGUGUGGUGCAACAUUUGUGAAAAAACCUGAUUUAGUUGCCCAUAUUAAGUCCCAUUUCACUGACAAUUUUGAUGAUAAAAUGACUGAAACAAAUAUAAAAAAAGAGCAAGAACCAGAUUUUCCUAUUGAUGACAAUUAUUAUGAUCUAGAAACCUAAGAUAUCUUAACAAAAUUAUCACAUGUAUUUAUUAAAGAUAGAAUAAUAUGUACACAAUAUUUAUGUUAUGCAACUUGAGUACCUAUUAUUAACUUUACUAUGGAUAAAUGAUUGCUUAGUUUA